UUAUAUUCAAUUUCUGAUGAGUUGGUAAUUUUUAGACACAUUGUUAAUUUAAUUGUGCAUCUACUGUCAAGCUUGACGUGCUAAAUGUUCAAAUUUCUUUAAGGAUCCCAUUUGCCAACAAGCGCGCGAAAUUUUGUUUUCAGAAAAGCUGCAUGUUUUUGUGGGGUAGAUUUGUUUGUAUACAUUAACACAGAGCAACCAAUAAUCAAUAUGGAAAAGCAAUCUGGCCAUGAAGAACUGUACAACAUACGAAGAGCGAAAAAGACAGAUUGUGAGGAGAUAGUUGGAAUGAUCCGUGGGAUGGCUGUAGAGGAAGAUAUGGAGGACCAGUUUAAAAUGACGGCUGAGGUUUUAAUGAAAGACGGAUUUGAAUCUGACCCUCCAUGCUUUUCAUCCUUUGUUGCUGAAACAAAGAAAGGAAAUGAAGUUGUAGCAUACACAAUAUUUGUGAUGCAGUAUUCAACAUGGAAUGGCAAGAUCAUAUAUUUGGAAGAUGUUUUUGUCAAACAAAAUCAUAGGAAUCGUGGUCUUGCCACUAAACUGAUUCAAAAAGUAAAUGAGUUUUCUGUUGAAACCGGUUGCCAGCAGUUUCGUUUGGCGUGUUUAAACUGGAAUAAGAAUGCAAUGAGACUUUAUAAAAAUCUUGGCUGUCGUGACUUAACAGAGGAAGAACAGUGGCAUAUGCUCAGAUUUGAUAAUGAUGUGAUGCAUAAUAUGUAUAAGGAGUCAAAGCAUGCAGAAAAAAACUAAAUGGUUAACAUUAAGUUAAUGCUUUAGUUUCCUUCUUGGUUUUGCUUUCUCUAUGCACUUUAGAUCAGUGUACUUGUCUUAGUGGUGUAAGUACAAGGUGGUAUUUUUGUUUGUUAAUUAUUAAUUACGAUUCUGUAAAAAAAAUCAUAUGAAUAUUAGCUAUGACUUGCGUGUGAACUGUUCUUGUAGUGAUAUAACAAACCUGUUAUUUUUUUUGUUUUAAUGAACAGA